CCCUUAUGAGGGCGGGGCGUAGCUAUAAUUAACCCACAAAAUGGCCGCCAAACCAGAGGCAGAAGAGUUACAAGAAGAUGCAACAGAGUUGAGAUUUGGCAAAGAUUUCGAUACGGCUGAUGCUCUUCUCGUAUCUGAAGUAAAGAUGCUUCUUGAGCACAGAAAAGCACAACAUGAAUCACAGGAUGAUGAUCAAGAUCUCUCUGAGGUAUUUACAAAGACACUUGACUAUUGUCAGACGUUCAGCAAGUACAACAGUAGAGAAACAAUCAGUGCCAUAAGAGGAGCGCUACAGAAACACAAACUACACAAAUUUGAAGUCGCUUGUCUUGCAAACUUGGCACCAGCAGAUGCUGACGAAGCGAAAACCUUGCUACCAAGUUUGCAAGGUAGGUUUGAUGACUUAGAGCUUAACGAGCUACUAGACGAUAUAAGGACUCACAUGAACUAUCAGUACUAGAAAACAGCAAAUUAUUAUUGUUCUAAUAACAAAAGUUUACAAAAAUUUAGUGUCAUUUUCGAUGAAUCUUUCUGUUCUUCACUAAUAUUUGCUUUCUUUUCUUUAACGAGUCUGCUUUUGAUUUGA